UCAAAAUUGACCCCAGAAGUUGUCUGAAAACCAACACUGAUCGUGUCUCUCUCCUUGGGACACUGAUCACUAGUUAUCCAAAUUCAAUCUCACAGAUUUUGAAAAUCACUUUGCUUCCAUCACCCAUGGCUGACGAAGAAGUUCCAUCAUUCACCCCUUACACCCACUCCCAAACCCUAACCUCCCACGACCACGCCGUCUCCUCAGUCAAAUUCUCCCCCGACGGCCGCCUCCUCGCCUCAUCAUCCUCCGACAGAACAAUCCGCACUUACUCCAUCAACAUCAACCCCGACGACGAAAACUCCGUCCCCAUCGCCAAACCCCUACAAGUACUCACCGGCCACCAAAACGGCGUCUCCGACGUCGCCUUCUCCCCAGACGCGAGGCUCAUCGUCUCUGCCUCCGACGACAAGACCCUGAAGCUCUGGGACGUCGAGACCGGCUCCUCGAUCAAGACCCUCCACGGGCACACCAGCCACGCCUUCUGCGUCGGAUUCAACCCGCAGUCCAGCACCAUCGCCUCCGGCUCCUUUGACGAGACCGUCCGGAUCUGGGACGUGAAGACGGGAAAGUGCCUGAAAAUCCUCCCCGCGCACUCCGACCCCGUCACCGCCGUGGAUUUCAACCGCGACGGGUCGCUUGUCGUUUCGAGUAGCUACGAUGGGCUGUGUAGGGUUUGGGACUCGGGGACUGGGCAUUGUCUGAAGACGCUGCUGAUGGACGACGAGAAUCAUCCUGUCUCGUUCGUUAGAUUCUCUCCUAACGGCAAGUUCGUCCUCAUCGGCACCCUCGAUAACACCCUCAGGUUGUGGAACGUUUCUUCUGGCAAAUACGUUAAAACGUACACUGGCCACGUCACCUCUCAGUACUCGGUUUCCUCUGCGUUUUCCAUCACUGAUGGGAGGAAGAUAGUGGGUGGAUCGGAGGACAAGUGUGUGUACAUGUGGGAGCUGAACUCCAGGAAGUUGCUUCAGAAACUUGAGGGACAUACUGAGCCUGUCAUGACCGUGGCUUGCCACCCGACUGAGAACUUGAUCGCAUCUGGCUCGCUCGACAAGUCUAUUAGACUUUGGACACCGAAGAAAUAAUGCAAACAGGGAUUAGACUCUUCUAACCCAGUCAUUGUAAACAUACUUUCCUUAACAUGUUUGUAACCGUCCAGUGUUUCACUUUCUUCGUUUAGUCGUGUUAGAUUGAUUCUAGCUUUGUUUCAAAAUCCAUUCUUUUUGUUGUGUGACUUGGAACUAUUUAGGUAGGUCUUCGGACACAAAUCUUCUUAGUUACCGUUUUACCUUUUCAAUUCAUUGUAUUCAUCAAUCUGUUGUCAAGUGUCUUUGUGUUCCUAUAAUAUUAUUGAUUUUAAAGUA